AUGGCUUCUUCACCACAUGACAUAUCGUGCAUUCUGCCACAGCUUCCCCAAGAAUUGAUUAAUGCCAUUUCUCAUUACCUAGAGGGCAGCGACCUCAAGAGCCUGCGCGAAACAUGCUCAACAAUGGCAAGGGCAAUACCACUUCGUUUCGAUCGCGUGUUCAUAUCAGCAAAUUCUCUCAACAUUCAAGUCUUCAGUGCAAUUGCAGCCCAUGAAACCUUUCGCCAUCAAGUCAUUGAGAUUAUCUGGGAUGAUGCCCGUCUAUUUGCUGGACCGGAGCGCUGGCAAUACAAAGAUGAAUGGGAGCAUCAUGGUCGGGAGCCAGAAAUGAUUGUGACUGAGAAUGGAUGUCCGAAGUGGUUCCAGAAAGGAUCAAGCACUUCUGAUGAUCACUGGUGCCACCACUAUACAUUCCCUGUUGCAGAUAAUCAUAUGGGACUCGCAGACUGCUGGGAUUAUUAUAAACCCUUACUGGAAGACCAACGGCAGAUUCUCUCAGCUAAUGCUGACAUUGAAGCUUUCAAGUAUGGUCUCCAGCGCUUUACAUCCCUGAAAAGAGUCACCAUUACACCUGCGACCCACGGGCGGCAUGGAAACCCACUAUACAAGACCCCUAUGAUCAGGGCGUUUCCUCCCGGGUUCGACUAUCCUAUCCCAAACGCAUGGCCUACUGCUCCAAUGAACGAAUCUGGCGAAUGGCAGGACGAGCUUCCAUGGAUGUCUGAGGAGGGCGAUGCCCCAUAUCAGUGGUUUUAUGGUACCCACUGUACUGCUGAGAAGUACAGAGAGAAGUGGCGAGGCUAUCAACUCGUGAGCCGAGCCUUGGUUGAGUGUGAGAAUCAAGUCACAGAACUCAUAAUCGGAGGCCAUGAGAUCCAGUCUGGAUUGAGCUGUCGUAUCUUUGAUCAGCCUUGCACCGAAUAUGACGAUCUAUGCACUCUAUUGCGACGUCCAGGGUUCCGAUACCUCGAUCUUCAUCUUUUCACAGGUCUCAUCGAGCAUGACGACUGGGCAACAUACAAGACCGGACUUUUGCGCGAUGCUUUAGCUCAAGCUAAAGACAUACAGCAUUUAUGUGUGCGUGCCUCGACAGAUAUCGAGGAUGCAUAUCCCCAACAGCUUGAUCCAGACGACCUCGAAAGGCCUGUAUUUCCCCUACGGACAAUAUUUCCUAUCGAUCACUGGCCACGACUUCAGCAUUUUGGUAUCUCGAAUUUCCUGGUAGAGCUAGAUGAUUUGAUCGAUGCUCUAUCCGCUUUACCACAAACGUUGCGCUCCGUUGAGCUCAUCAGCUUGGCAUUCCGAAAUCCAGAACAUGGCUACGACGAUCUAGUUCGCCAGAUGCGUGAUACAUUGGACUGGCGCUUCCGGCCUGUGGAAGAGAGACCUAAAGUUCAUAUGGUCUGUUCUGGAGAAUCUAACACCAGCUUGGUGGAAGAUGAGUUAAUCGAGGUAGAUGAUGCAGUGUGUUCUUAUCUGUAUGGGAAGGGUGAAAACCUAUUCGAACCUGAGUCAAGGUACGUAUCACGUGGAAGAGGUGCUAUACGUAGGGAUGUAUUCGAUCCAACCUUCCGAGCUCCUUACUAG